CGCAGGGGAGACGCGAUGGACCUGGCGGCGGCGGGCGACGCCGGCUUGGCGGCGGCGGCGGGCGCGCUCAGGCAGAUCCGCGAUGAAGUGGCCGAGAAGUGCCAGAAGCUGUUCCAGGACUUUCUCGAAGAAUUUCAGAACAGCGAUGGAGAAAUUAAAUAUUUGCGAGAUGCAGAGGAGCUGAUCCGCCCAGAGAGAAACACAUUAACUGUAAGCUUCAUAGAUCUGGAGCAGUUUAAUCAGCAGCUUGCUACCACAGUCCAAGAAGAGUUUUAUCGAGUCUAUCCUUUCUUGUGUCGAGCUGUAAAAGCUUUUGCCAGAGAUCAUGGAAACACUGUUCCCAACAAGGACUUCUACGUUGCUUUCCAAGACCUGCCUACAAGGCACAAAAUCCGAGAAAUGACCUCAGCUCGAAUUGGAUCCCUCAUGCGCAUUAGUGGGCAGGUGGUCCGAACCCACCCAGUUCACCCUGAACUUGUAAGUGGAACCUUCCUCUGCCUGGAUUGCCAAACAGUAAUAAAAGAUGUGGAGCAGCAGUUCAAGUAUACACAGCCGAACAUCUGCAGAAAUCCAGUCUGUGCCAAUAGGAGACGGUUCCUCCUUGACACCAACAAAUCCCGAUUUGUUGACUUUCAAAAGGUUCGUAUUCAGGAGACACAGGCCGAGUUGCCCCGAGGGAGCAUUCCUCGCAGUGUCGAAGUGAUCUUGCGUGCAGAAGCUGUAGAAUCAGCGCAGGCCGGUGACAAGUGUGACUUCACAGGAUCGCUCAUUGUUGUGCCUGAUGUAGCCCAGCUCUCCACCCCAGGUGUAAGGGCAGAAACUGGUUCUCGAGUGAGUGGGAAAGAAGGCUAUGAAACUGAAGGUAUCAGAGGACUCCGUGCGCUUGGGGUCAGAGAGUUAUCCUACAAAUUGGUCUUUCUGGCAUGUUACGUUGCACCAACAAACCCAAGGUUUGGUGGAAAGGAACUCCGAGAUGAAGAACAAACUGCAGAAAGCAUUAAAAACCAGAUGUCUGUGAAAGAGUGGGAAAAAGUAUUUGAAAUGAGCCAGGAUAAAAACCUUUAUCACAACCUUUGUACCAGUCUCUUCCCUACCAUACAUGGUAAUGACGAAGUGAAACGAGGGAUUCUACUCAUGCUGUUUGGUGGAGUUCCUAAAACAACAGGAGAAGGCACUUCAUUGCGUGGCGACAUCAACGUCUGUAUCGUCGGGGAUCCAAGUACCUCCAAGAGUCAGUUUCUUAAGCAUGUGGAGGAAUUCAGCCCCCGAGCUGUAUAUACCAGCGGAAAGGCCUCCAGUGCGGCUGGCUUAACAGCUGCUGUCGUGAAAGAUGAAGAGUCCUAUGAAUUUGUCAUUGAAGCUGGAGCUCUAAUGUUGGCAGAUAAUGGAGUGUGUUGCAUUGAUGAAUUUGACAAAAUGGAUAUGAGAGAUCAAGUUGCCAUUCACGAAGCAAUGGAACAACAGACUAUAUCCAUUACUAAAGCAGGAGUCAAGGCUACAUUGAAUGCCAGAACCUCUAUUUUGGCAGCAGCUAACCCGGUUGGUGGACAUUAUGACAGAGCAAAGUCUUUGAAACAGAACAUAAACCUAUCAGCCCCCAUCAUGUCUAGAUUUGAUCUCUUCUUCAUUCUUGUGGAUGAAUGCAAUGAGGUUACAGAUUAUGCCAUUGCAAGGCGCAUUGUGGAUCUUCAUUCUAGAAUAGAAGAAUCCAUUGAUCGUAUUUACACGUUGGAUGAUAUCCGAAGGUACCUUCUCUUUGCCAGACAAUUUAAACCCAAGAUUUCUAAAGAGUCAGAAGAUUUUAUAGUUGCGCAGUAUAAGCGCUUACGCCAGAGGGAUGGCUCUGGCAUUACAAAAUCCUCAUGGAGAAUCACAGUACGACAGCUGGAGAGCAUGAUUCGACUGUCGGAAGCCAUGGCCCGGAUGCACUGCUGUGAUGAGGUUCAUCCAAAACAUGUGAAGGAAGCUUUCAGGUUAUUGAACAAAUCUAUCAUCCGAGUUGAAACUCCAGACAUCAAUUUAGAGCAAGAUGAAGAACAACCUAUGGAAGAGCCUGAGGCCCAGGACGGAGUCGUUGGCGAUGGAGAAACCGUGAAUGGCUUGGUGAAUGGUGGCGACGGGCACACAGAAGGCUUGAGCAAAGAUUCGGUGCCGAAGCCUUCCCUGAGGCUCAGUUUCCCUGAAUACCGCAAGAUCUCCAACCUCAUUGUGAUGCACUUAAGGAAAUCUGAAGAUGAAGAUGAUGAUUCCUCCUUAAAAAAGAGUGAGAUUAUCAACUGGUACUUAAAGGAAAUUGAAUCAGAAAUAGAUUCUGAAGAAGAACUCAUCAAUAAAAAGAAAAUAAUAGAAAAAGUUAUCCAUCGUCUUACACACUAUGACCACAUUUUAAUUGAGCUCACCCAGACAGGAUUGAAAGACUCAACAGAAGGACAGAGUUUUGAUGAAGACCCUUAUCUCGUCGUUAAUCCUAACUACCUGCUAGAAGACUAGGGAUUAGAAGCAGUGCUACAGGAUCAGCAUAUCCAUUUUCCUGCUGGGGCCUCUUGCCAGAGUUGCUAUCAGCAUCGCCACUGUACAUAGCCGGCUCACCCCAGAGAGCUUUGUCACAGAAUUCAUCCACCUUGUCUUUGUAAUAAUCUUUUUAUAGAGAUAAGUGUCUACAUUCUUCCCAGACAAGGGAGUCAUGCAACUUUUAAAGCAGUUUAAAAAGAAGCUGACUUAUCUUAAUGCUUCUUCUGUAUUUUACUUAGGAGAACGUCUUGCACAAUUCUUCAAUAGCAUGAACUUAUCUGUAGAUUCCCCCACCCUUCACCACCUUUGUGCUAAAUAAAGACUUGUCUAUAUAA